AUGGCUCAAUCAUCUAUACCAAUAUUUAUUGUUGAUGCUUUUACAAAUCAAAAAUUUACAGGAAAUCAAGCAGCAGUUUUUAUUUCAAAAGACAAACUUCAUGAUGAUUGUUAUAAAAAAAUUGCAGCUGAAUUUAAUCUUUCUGAAACAGCAUUUCCUAUUCCAUUACAAAAUAAAACAUUUCAAAAUAGUGAAAGAUUUACUUUAAGAUGGUUUACACCAAAAGUUGAAGUAAAUUUAUGUGGUCAUGCAACAUUAGCUACUAGCCAUAUUAUAUUUAAUGAAUUAAAAAAUAAUAAUAAUAAAAUUAUCUUUGAAACAUUAAGUGGUAAUCUUGAAGUUGAAAAAGGAACAGAACCAGAAAGUUAUAUAAUGAAUUUUCCACUUUAUAGUAUAACAAAAGUUUUAUCAAAUGAUUGGAAAAAUACUGAUGAUAUUUCUGAUAAAUCAAUAAAGUCACCACCUGAAUUGUAUCAAUUAAUUAAAUGUGUAAUUGGAAAUUUACAAUUUAAAAAUGUUUAUUAUGCUAGUGAAGCUAAAAAAUUAAUUGUUGAAUUAGAUGGAAGUAUCAAUAAAAAUCAAUUUUUAGAUAUGAAACCAAAUUAUUCAUUAAUGACUACACUUCAUCCAAAUGGUGAUUUUGUUAAAGGAUUAAUUGUAACUAUUAAACCAAAUGAUUCUAAAAAACAAGGAUUUAUUGAUAAAGAUCAAAUACCAUUUGAUUAUAUUUCAAGGUAUUUUGCUCCAUGGGUUGGUAUUAAUGAGGAUCCUGCAACUGGUUCAAGUCAAUGUGCUUUGGCACCAUAUUACAGAUAUCGAAUGAAUUCUAACGGUCCUUUUUAUGCUUACCAAUGUUAUCCCAAUAGAGGAGCACAAUUUAAAAUUAAUUUUUCCAAUGAUAACAGACUUCUUUUGACAGGAUUUGCUAAAACAAUUAUUAAAGGAACUAUUGAAUAUUAA